AUGAAUGAGAAACAGCACCGGAAGGCAGCUUCAUUUUCACCAUCGACAUACGCUGGUCGCUCGCGUAAAUUACCGGUCACUCACGAAGCAUUUUUCAAGAAGCAUUUUCGCUUCACUGCUGGAAAACGCAUUAAAUAUGAGAAAAAAGAAAUACUGGAUGUGCUAAAGAACAUCAAAAAACUGCUCAUUGAAGAAGAAACGCUGUUAACAGUGAAUGCACCUUGCAUUAUAGUUGGGGAUAUACACGGUCAAUACGAUGAUUUGCAUCGAAUUUUCAUAACGACGGGGAGGAACGGAAGAAGUGGUGCAACUAUGAAUCGCUUUCUAUUCUUAGGUGAUUAUGUCGAUCGUGGGCCGCAGUCGUUAGAAUGCAUUUGUUGCUUAUUCGCGUACAAACUUGCAUUUCCAAAGAUGUUCAAUCUUCUACGCGGUAACCAUGAAAUUGCACUUGUGAAUCAGAUAUAUGGUUUCUACGAUGAGUUGAAAAAUCGCUUCACAGAAUCGGAUGCGUUGAAUUUGUGGGAUGCAUUUAACGAUGUUUUCGACUAUCUGCCAUUAGCUGCAAUCAUAAAAGGAAAAAUACUUUGCAUGCACGGCGGUUUAAGCCCAAAUUUGAAAUCUCUGGACGAUAUCCGAAAAAUUAAAAGGCCAAUCAGAAAUAUAACUGAAAAUCCGCUUGUUUGCGAUUUACUAUGGGCUGACCCAAUGAUCGGUUUGAAUGGUUUCGCGGCCAACAAUAUACGCGGUGUAAGCGUAUUUUUUGGCGAAAAUGUCGUUCUACGACUAUGCAACGCACUGAAAAUCGACAUGAUUGUACGCGCACACCAGACAAUGACAAAUGGUUUUGGAUUUUUUUGCAAACGUAAAUUAGUUACAAUUUUUUCCGCACCUAAAUACGACGUGGAAAAAAAUAAUAAAGGAGCUAUUAUGAAAGUAAGCAAGCAUUUGAAAAUCGGAUUUAUUUUAUUGCAUCAUGUUAAACCUCCGAAAAAAGGUAGGAAAUGCUUAGCGUUCCGAUAA